AUGCAGAGCAGUAUGCGAGCUCCCAUGAUGAAUACCUUGUCUAGAGGAUGUAAACAGGCUAGGAUACCGUCUCUCCCACUGCCUGGUAUCAGCACGGUAAACCGAUACUCGACAUCCAAUGGAGACAAUAAUAGCAGUAGUAAACAGCCAUCACCUAUAAUACAGCAGGGAGAAGCAGCACAGCCAUCUACAUCAGAUGCCCAUGCAUCAUUCAUAUCGGAUGCACCAUCAAUACCACCAGCCAAAAAAGCUAAACGAACAACAGACUUCAUCAUGCAGUCGCUCAUGAGACUCGAAACAAAACAAACUCAGGCAUCGCUAUUCAAUCUAGACUCGAAAUUCAAACGCAGUAAUACUAGUACCAGCAACUAUCCAUCCCUCGUAAACCCACACCCAAACAGUACCAACACAAACAAGCCAGCAUUCACACACGAACCCCCAUCAUCAGAAACACCAAUGUACCGUCUCCACAUAAACGCAGGUCGCAACAACACCCUCCUCACCCUCGCAUCACACGAGGGAAACGUAUUAUGCUGGACGUCGUCUGGCAGUGUAGGGCUCCGUAAAGCAGCACGAGGAACAUCAGAUGCUGGGUAUCAGGCUGCUGUAUCGCUCACGGAAAAGGUUAAGGCGAAGGGGAUUAGUAUGGUGCCGCAGAUGCAUGUUAUCCUGAAGGGCUUUGGACCGGGACGCGAACAAGCGUUUAGAGCCAUUCGGAUGGGAGUGUUGAAGAUUGGGAGGAUUUCGGAUGUGACGCCGAUCAGACAUGCUGGGUGUCGGCCGAGGGGGAAGAGGUCAUUGUAG